UAACCAGGGGCGAACUGACAACUCAUGGGGCCCUUGGGCAAUAGGGGAUCAUGGGGCCCCUGUGUCCUUGCCCAAACUCAAAAAAGCCUAUGGAAAAGGUACCAGGGGCAUCUCAUGGGGCCCCCUACUGACCCCGGGCCCUUGGGCAGUGCACGAGUUUCCAAAUGGUCAGUCCGCCCCUGGUUUUAACAAUGUCUGAGCUGUAAAUUCAACUGUAAUAAAAGAACAGGGGCUGGCACCUUUUUGGAACACGGCGUCAAUUUGAUUUCAAUAGCGCACUUCUUCAAUAUUUUUAUUUUAUCUUUUUUUG